AAGGGGAGGGCGGCGGGAACAUCAGCGUUGUUAGAGCUGUGGGGUGGUCACCAGGGAUCACAGGGAAGGGCUUGUGCACGCAGAUGCUAGGGCCGAGCCCUAGCCUGGCACUGAGAAGUGCCAGAGCGCGGUCGUUGUGGGUUGGGAGUGGGCAGGCCUCAAUGCUGGGGAAAGGAACCCCCCAAACCCCAGAGAGCUGCACCCUAGACGAGGCUGAGAGGGGUAGAACGGGCCUGGAGCCUUACUCCUACCCCACGUGUGGGGGCCUGCCUGCUUUCGUCCCUUUCUGGACAGUGGAGAAGCUGCCUGGAGAUUGCCAGCGCUCUGGCCGAUGGGGGGCUAGCGUUGAGCGUGUGUGCGCGCAUGCGGGCUGCAGAUCCUCCCUUUUCCAUCCCGCACCUACAACCCAAUUGACAGCCCCGCAUUUGGGGCUCCCAUUCCUCCCUUUGCCCAGUGGAGCUUGGUGAGGCUCCUUUACGGCGCGUUUCCCGGCCGUUCCUUACUUUCCCAAACUCUCCCAGGGAGGUGACUGAGAAACUGAAUAAGUGACUGAGAAACUGAAUAAUCCAGCGGGAAGGAGGGGGCUCCAGCGUGGCGGGAACUGAGUCACGCGGUUGCCUAGCCCGACUCGAGACUGAGACGGGAGCCGCACCACGCGCUUUCGGACAAGGAGGGUGCUGCGGCCCGGCCCCUGGACAAUGGAGAGAGCGGGGCACCCGGGCGCAUCACCAGAGCUCAUGCCCGGGAAAGGGGCGAGGCCCGGGGGGAGAGAGCUCAGCGUAGCUCCACUUGGCAGCUAAAGAAACAGGCGCCCGGGACGGAAAUGACUCGCGCCCGGACACGGCGACAGGGAGAGCAUGGAAAGUGCUUCCUUCGCCCGGCGGGUUCGAGCGAGUAGCACUUUACUUUCCCUACAGGUGGAGGCGGGCCUUGGUGCGCGGCUGUCCAUCUCCGGACCGCCCACCCGGGCACUGGCCCAUGCGUCUCCUCCCCCGGAAGCGAUCCUCCAGGUCAGCGGGUCGCCAAGUGAGAGCUGCGCAGAGUGGAUUUCGGGCGAGAGCCCAGAGAGCUGAACCUGCAUCUCGGACCUGCGGCGACCGUCGUACACCAUGGGCCUCCACCUCCGCCCCUACCGUGUGGGGCUGCUCCCGGAUGGCCUCCUGUUCCUCUUGCUGCUGCUAAUGCUGCUCGCGGACCCAGCGCUGCCGGCCGGACGUCACCCCCCAGUGGUGCUGGUCCCUGGUGAUUUGGGUAACCAACUGGAAGCCAAGCUGGACAAGCCGACAGUGGUGCACUACCUCUGCUCCAAGAAGACUGAAAGCUACUUCACAAUCUGGCUGAACCUGGAACUGCUGCUGCCUGUCAUCAUUGACUGCUGGAUUGACAAUAUCAGGCUGGUUUACAACAAAACAUCCAGGGCCACCCAGUUUCCUGAUGGUGUGGAUGUACGUGUUCCUGGCUUUGGGAAGACCUUCUCACUGGAGUUCCUGGACCCCAGCAAAAGCAGCAUGGGUUCCUAUUUCCACACCAUGGUGGAGAGCCUUGUGGGCUGGGGCUACACACGGGGUGAGGAUGUCCGAGGGGCUCCCUAUGACUGGCGCCGAGCCCCAAAUGAAAACGGGCCCUACUUCCUGGCCCUCCGCGAGAUGAUCGAGGAGAUGUACCAGCUGUAUGGGGGCCCCGUGGUGCUGGUUGCCCACAGUAUGGGCAACAUGUACACGCUCUACUUUCUGCAGCGGCAGCCGCAGGCCUGGAAGGACAAGUAUAUCCGGGCCUUCGUGUCACUGGGUGCGCCCUGGGGGGGCGUGGCCAAGACCCUGCGCGUCCUGGCUUCAGGAGACAACAACCGGAUCCCAGUCAUCGGGCCCCUGAAGAUCCGGGAGCAGCAGCGGUCAGCUGUCUCCACCAGCUGGCUGCUGCCCUACAACUACACAUGGUCACCUGAGAAGGUGUUCGUGCAGACACCCACAAUCAACUACACACUGCGGGACUACCGCAAGUUCUUCCAGGACAUCGGCUUUGAAGAUGGCUGGCUCAUGCGGCAGGACACAGAAGGGCUGGUGGAAGCCACGAUGCCACCUGGCGUGCAGCUGCACUGCCUCUAUGGCACUGGCGUCCCCACACCAGACUCCUUCUACUAUGAGAGCUUCCCUGACCGUGACCCUAAAAUCUGCUUUGGUGACGGCGAUGGUACUGUGAACUUGAAGAGUGCCCUGCAGUGCCAGGCCUGGCAGAGCCGCCAGGAGCACCAGGUGUUGCUGCAGGAGCUGCCAGGCAGCGAGCACAUCGAGAUGCUGGCCAACACCACCACCCUGGCCUAUCUGAAACGUGUGCUCCUUGGGCCCUGACUCCUGUGCCACAGGACUCCUGUGGCUCGGCCGUGGACCUGCUGUUGGCCUCUGGGGCUGUCAUGGCCCACACGUUUUGCAAAGUUUGUGACUGACCAUUCAAGGCCCCGAGUCUUGGACUGUGAAGCAUCUGCCAUGGGGAAGUGCUGUUUGUUAUCCUUUGUGGCAGUGAAGAAGGAAGAAAUGAGAGUCUAGACUCAAGGGACACUGGAUGGCAAGAAUGCUGCUGAUGGUGGAACUGCUGUGACCUCAGGACUGGCUCCACAGGGUGGACUGGCUGGGCCCUGGUCCCAGUCCCUGCCUGGGGCCAUGUGUCCCCCCUACUCCUGUGGGCUUUUCAUACUUGCCUACUGGGCCCUGGCCCCGCAGCCUUCCUAUGAGGGAUGUUACUGGGCUGUGGUCCUGUACCCAGAGGUCCCAGGGAUGGGCUCCUGGCCCCUCGGGUGACCCUUCCCACACACCAGCCACAGAUAGGCCUGCCACUGGUCAUGGGUAGCUAGAGCUGCUGGCUUCCCUGUGGCUUAGCUGGUGGCCAGCCUGACUGGCUUCCUGGGCGAGCCUAGUAGCUCCUGCAGGCAGGGGCAGUUUGUUGCGUUCUUCAUGGUUCCCAGGCCCUGGGACAUUUCACUCCACUCCUACCUCCCUUACCACCAGGAGCAUUCAAGCUCUGGAUUGGGCAGCAGAUGUGCCCCCAGUCCCGCAGGCUGUGUUCCAGGGGCCCUGAUUUCCUCGGAUGUGCUGUUGGCCCCAGGACUGAAGCUGCCUCCCUUCACCCUGGGACUGUGGUUCCAAGGAUGAGAGCAGGGGUUGGAGCCAUGGCCUUCUGGGAACCUAUGGAGAAAGGGAAUCCAAGGAAGCAGCCAAGGCUGCUCGCAGCUUCCCUGAGCUGCACCUCUUGCUAACCCCACCAUCACACUGCCACCCUGCCCUAGGGUCUCACUAGUACCAAGUGGGUCAGCACAGGGCUGAGGAUGGGGCUCCUAUCCACCCUGGCCAGCACCCAGCUUAGUGCUGGGACUAGCCCAGAAACUUGAAUGGGACCCUAAGAGAGCCAGGGGUCCCCUGAGGCCCCCCUAGGGGCUUUCUGUCUGCCCCAGGGUGCUCCAUGGAUCUCCCUGUGGCAGCAGGCAUGGAGAGUCAGGGCUGCCUUCAUGGCAGUAGGCUCUAAGUGGGUGACUGGCCACAGGCCGAGAAAAGGGUACAGCCUCUAGGUGGGGUUCCCAAAGACGCCUUCAGGCUGGACUGAGCUGCUCUCCCACAGGGUUUCUGUGCAGCUGGAUUUUCUCUAUUGCAUACAUGCCUGGCAUCUGUCUCCCCUUGUUCCUGAGUGGCCCCACAUGGGGCUCUGAGCAGGCUGUAUCUGGAUUCUGGCAAUAAAAGUACUCUGGAUGCUGUAA